AAAUAUGGAACUACUGAUUGGACACUCUUUGGAAUGUGGGAGGAAAUUAAGCCUUGAUGUUGAAGAAGGGAAAGAUGAUUCUUCUGAAGAUGAAGAAAAUAAGAUAAAUGAGCUUUGUGAUGAUGAAGAUACUAGUCUUGACGACUAUGAUGAAAUUGAUAACAAACUGAAGACAAUUUUAAUUUGUAUUGAAGGCUUCUUGGAGUUUUCAAAGAGGAUUCAUAAUGACGAGAUACCUGAAGACCACCUUGCCCUAAGCAACGAGAUUAAAGCUCAAGUAAAUAAGGUUCAGUCUGACUUGGCAAAAGCUAAUCAGGACCAAACAAACCAAGAAUUAAGUUGCUUUUUACUAGAAGCUGAUUGUAUCUUGACAUCGCUUGAGAAUAAUGAACUUUAUAAAGAUUUUGAGACCAAUAGAGCUUUAUUGAUUGAAGAUCCAAACGAAGCUGAAAAUGGUAAUCAGGACACUUUGAUUAUUGUCAAGUACAUCAAAGAGAAGCUUUAUGUCCUAUCAAAUAAGUUUAAGGAACUCCAGGAGGAGAAGGACAAGGCUGAAGAGGAGCAUCAAAAGGAAGUAUCUCUUCUUCAGUCUCAACUAAAAGAAGAGCAAGACAAAUAUAAGGAUCUCAAAGAAGCUUAUGAUAAAUUAUGCAAUGAGCAAAAUCAAACAUCUGAAGAUCUUCAAGAGCAAGAGAAAGACACGGCUGCUCCUAAAGAAGAGACUAAGGAAGAUACAGAAAAUGAAGAUAUCAAGGAAGAAAUUAUUAAUAGUCUCGUAAAAGAAAAGGAAUUGGAAGCUCCUGAAGAAAAUGAUCAACAACAGGAUUGAAGAUUAGAUGCAUUUAGCCAAGAGGCCAUGGAGUCUAACCAGAAUUUAGACAAGGGCCAAGAUCAUAUCCAAACUGAAUCAAACGCUGAAGACCAACAAGAAAGCUCGAAUGUAAAAGCAUCUGCUUCAGGAGAUACUUCUGCUUUAGAGAAGACUAAGAUGGAGGAAGACAAGAUUCCUGAAGUUCCUGAACAAGAAAAGGCAAGUCUGGAAGAAGAGACUAAAGGUGAACAAGAUUCGGAAGGAGUCACCUUAGUAUAUAAAGAAGAAACUUACUCCAAAGGAGGCUCCUACAAAGGACAAGUCAACGCUCACACUAAAGAGAGACAUGGACAAGGGACUUAUCUGUGGAAGAAUGGGAGAAAGUACAUUGGACAGUGGAAAAAUGGGAUCCCAGAAGGUCAAGGGAUUAAGUAUUAUGAGAGUGGAAAUAUGUACGAAGGAGAGUGGGUAAAUGGGGAGAAACAUGGUACUGGAUUAUACAAGUGGAAGAACGGACGCACUUACCAAGGAGAAUGGGCAAAUGAUAGUAGGAAUGGACAAGGAGUCUACAAAGAACCAGAUGGGUACUCCUAUGAAGGAGAGUGGAAAGAUGACAAGAGACAUGGACAGGGUGUUGAAUGUUAUUCCAGUGGAGAUAAGUAUGUUGGUCAAUUACAGAAUGGUUUAAGACAUGGAGAGGGAGUAUACACUCAUAAGGAUGGAAGCACUUAUCAAGGACACUAUGAAAAUGGUAAGGAGAAUGGUUAUGUAGUCUUUAUUAAUCCGAACACUGGGGAGAGAUAUGAAGGACAAUGGAAGGAUGGGGAACCGCAUGGAGAGUUCACUGUUAUACUUAAAGAUGGAGAAAGAGUAACUGAAUAUUAUGAUAAUGGUGAGAAGGUGUAGAUCUUAAGGAUCUUGGCAUGAAAGUUGAUAUCUUUUUAGUUUA